UUGACUGCUCCCCGAACAACUGUUGCACACACAGACACAGGAACAUUUCUCAACCGCUGGACGUUCCCCGACAUGUUGUUUAGUCCCACAGGCGUGUCGGAGUGUUUUCGAGAAUGGGGCGACAUAGAGAAGGACUACCAACAAAUUCAAGACACCCAUCGCUUGUACAAACAGAAACUUGAGGAAGUCACCAAACUGCAAGUCAGCUGCACCGCUGCCAUCGAGCGUCAGAGGAAGAAGCUUAAAGAGCUCUCUGCAUCACUAGAAGAGUGCAAAGCCAAACAUCCAGAGCAAAAGUUAAGUCCGGAGGAUGUGGAGUCUAUCGCUGACAUCGAGGUGUCAAUCGGAGAGAGAGACAACACUUUCUCCGAGAUGGAAGCCUUCCUACCAAAGAAGAACGGGUUAUACCUCACUCUCGUUUUAGGAAACGUCAACGUUACCCUCCUCAAUAAGCAGUCAAAAUUUGCCUACAAAGACGAAUACGAGAAAUUUAAGCUGGUCCUCACCGUCAUACUCUUCCUCUUCUCGUUCACGUGUCGCUUUUUGUUCAGCUACAGAAAUCUGACCAGAACUGGACUUAGAAGACCAAGUGGGGGAGCCUUGGACGCAAUGUUCAACUUCCUCCUGGUGUGGUAUUACUGCACGCUCACCAUCCGCGAGAGCAUCCUCAUCAACAACGGCUCAAGGAUCCGAGGCUGGUGGGUGUUCCAUCACUACGUGUCCACCUUCCUGUCAGGAGUCAUGCUCACGUGGCCCGAGGGGACCCUGUACCAGAUGUUUCGGAACCAGUUCCUUUCAUACUGCUUGUAUCAAAGCUUUGUGCAGUUUCUACAGUACUACUACCAGAGCGGCUGCUUGUACAGACUACGAGCGCUGGGAGAGCGACACAACAUGGACCUCACCGUCGAGGGCUUCCAGUCAUGGAUGUGGAGAGGCCUUACCUUCCUGCUGCCAUUCUUGUUCUUUGGUCACUUCUGGCAGCUCUACAACAGUGUCACACUUUUCAAGAUGUUCCAACUCCCAGAGUGCAAAGAGUGGCAGGUUGCCAUGUGUGGCUGCUCCUACAUGGUGCUGUACCUGGGGAACUUCAUCACCACACUGGGCGUGGUGUACCAGAAGUACAUGAAGAACCAGGACAACAAGUCCAAGUCUUUGUAGGACACUCUGUUGUUCCCAUGCGUCAUUGUGCUGUUAGCCUUAUCAGUGUAUUAUCAGUGAUUUGUUGGUUAAAACAGCGUUGUUUUGCUGUGGAAGUAUGUUACUCAAGUGUCUUUCCUGGACGUGUUUCUGAACAAGACAUCUUAAAAUUAGAUUUCUUGGGGAAAAAAUGGGUAGUUUGUUUCUCAGCUGCUGCCAUGUAUUACUAUUAAUAUUAUUUUCCUUCCAAAAAGUGAAUAAAAACACUCCUU